AUGGCGGAAAUCCCCAUUAACUCUUCAGAGAAGAACGUCACUAUUGACGGAGAAUUCGAUUUAUCUUCAAUUCUUUUUGACAAAAAGUUGUCCUCUACUAGUAAAUCCAUUAAAAAGGGUCAAGAAAAACGGAAAAGAACUGCAAAUAAAGCGGUCAAAGAGUUGAAUCACACUCAAACUUCGACAUCUUGUCCUGACCCAAAUUCUAAAAUGGACUCGUCCACUUCUACCAGUAUAGAUGACACGACGGUGGUGUUGGCUGAGACCAACUCAAAACUAGACAGUAACACGAAAGAUAAUGAAACCGUUUCUAUGGGGCUUUUCAAAAGUGAAAUGCUGAAGAUUCGUACUGAAUUAAAAGAUAUCAUUAUAGACUCAAUCCAUGACUCACGUAAAGUUGAAAGAACUAGGCCUAGAGAAGUCAAUAUUGAUGAAUAUUAUGCUUCAACUUCAGCUGAUCAGCAUACCCAUGGUCAUGGAGUCAAACGUAAACACAUUACUGACCCAGUUAACAGUGUUAUACAUGAUCUAUCUUCCUCUGAUGACGACAUCCAAUUCACCCAAAACAGGUACAAAAUACCAAAGUUAUCACAUCUGUACAAAGAAGAUGGAUCAGUCAAUAGUGAUAAUGUGAUAUGUCAAAUUGAUGAACUCUUACAGGACAAACAGACAUCUGAUAAAGAUUCAGACUUUGAAGAAAGUUUAGAACAGGAAUACAAUUAA